AUGGCGUGGCUUUGGGGCGAUCUUGCAGGGAACCAUGGCACGAGGUUAUUACUAGGAUGGAUGUAUGUAGCAUGUAGUACUGCCAUAUGGGGAUGUUUCCAGUCAAUCAAUAUACAACCAGAUCAUGCUCCAGAUGCUCAUAUUUCAUGUUACACAAAUACCAAAUGCGAGAUGCAGCUUCACGUGGAACAAAUUGGCGAGCCGGUCCAGGCAGCAAGGCCGCCACGUGCCCCGGGAAAGAGGCAUUAUCCGAGCUUCCUCCUGCAACUUCCCCAGCAACCUCUCAACCGCAAUGAUCUUCGCACCGAACAACACACAAUACCCCCGAAGGUAGUGCCUCGAACGCCGCAUACCUAUGUUUCCGAUGCCUGUUAUCCCGGAAUGGCUUCCCGACUAUAG